GCAAAGGAGGUGGCGAAGUUGCUGGAGAUGAAGGCACAGCUGGGAGGAGAUGAGGGAAAACACAAGUUUGUGCUCAAGACCCCAAAGGGCACACGGGACUACAGCCCCAAGCAAAUGGCCAUUCGUGAGAGGGUCUUCAACGCCAUCAUCACCUGCUUCAAGCGCCACGGAGCAGAAGUCAUCGACACGCCAGUGUUUGAGCUGAAGGAGACGCUGACAGGGAAAUACGGUGAAGACUCGAAGCUCAUCUACGAUCUGAAAGAUCAAGGAGGAGAGCUGCUGUCCCUGCGCUAUGACCUGACAGUGCCCUUCGCUCGCUAUUUGGCGAUGAACAAGAUCACCAACAUCAAGCGCUACCACAUCGCCAAGGUGUACAGGCGGGACAACCCGGCCAUGACCAGGGGCCGCUACAGGGAGUUCUACCAGUGUGAUUUUGACAUUGCUGGCCAGUUUGACCCGAUGAUUCCCGAUGCCGAGUGCCUGAAGAUCGUGCACGAGAUCCUGAGUGAUCUGCAGCUCGGGGACUUCGUCAUUAAGGUCAACGACCGGCGCAUCCUCGAUGGGAUGUUUGCAGUUUGCGGUGUCCCAGACAGCAAGUUUCGGACCAUCUGCUCCAGCGUUGACAAACUGGAUAAGAUGCCAUGGGAAGAAGUGAGGAGCGAGAUGGUAGGAGAGAAGGGGCUCUCUCCCGAGGCUGCGGAUCACAUCGGGGAGUAUGUCCAGCUUCACGGUGGCCUGGACCCGAUCGAGCGGCUUUUCCUCGGCAGCCAAAAGCCAGUCAGCGUGGGGAGCGUGGCUGGAGGCGGUCGCUACGACGGGCUGGUGGGGAUGUUUGAUCCCAAGGGACGGAAGGUGCCCUGCGUGGGCGUCAGCAUUGGGAUCGAGCGGAUCUUCUCCAUCCUAGAGCAGAGAGUGGAGGCCUCUGAGGAAAAGAUCAGAACAACAGAGACACAGGUGCUGGUGGCCUCUGCCCAAAAGAAGCUCCUUGAAGAGCGGCUGAAGCUCAUCUCCGAGCUGUGGGAUGCUGGAAUCAAGGCGGAAAUGCUGUAAUUGAACCAGCUGCAGUACUGCGAGGAGACGGGCAUCCCUCUUGUUGCCAUUGUGGGCGAGCAGGAGCUGAAGGACGGAGUCAUCAAACUGCGGGUGGUGGCAACCAGGGAGGAGGUCAACAUUCGCAGGGAGACCCUGGUGGAGGAGAUCAGGAUGCGGACGAGCCAGCCUUAA